AUGGGGCACGUUGACAUUGUGACGCUGCUCCAGGCGAUCACCGAGGGGUUCGAAGAAGCCGACCUGGACAAGGUGAUGGUCGAAGAGGAGAGGGGCGAGGAGGCGGCGCCCAAGAUGGAGCCGCUCACGUUCGACACGAAGUUUGAGCGCGUGCCGAGCAACUCGCUCUUUGGCUUUGCGACCAAAGCCGACGGGCCCGUGUUGCCGCACCAGCAGGAGAAGAAAGUGGACGAGCUGCGUCGUCAACUGGGGGAUGCAACGGCGCUUGUCUCGGCAGAGUCGGACGAGGUCGAGAAGGAGAACGAGAACUCGAAGACGGAGGAGGUGCAGAUGUUGCAGAGGCAGCUGGAAGUGAAUCCGGACCACGAGGAGUGGGAGUGA